UCCCCCCUCUCUUUCUCACUCCCUCUCUCGGAUACAUUGUAGCACUGGAACUAGUUACAGUUGCUGUUUCUCAAGCAGGAACACAGACAUCUGCACCCCACGGAAGAAUUAAAAAAAAAAAAAGAAGAAAAAAAAAAGGUCUGGGGCGGGGGGGUGGCCCUGGAGGGACCCCCGAAAACUGAUCAGCUUCAACUCUGCAGCUUUGUUCUUCCUAGUGAUCUACUCUCACCGCUUCUCCUGGAGGACUGAAUUAUUUAUCGAGGACUCCAUGAAAUCCUUCUGGAGGGUGACUUUCUAAACAGGAUAUCAUACUUCUAAAACCGGGACGAGUAUGAAUCCACAACAGAGAAUGGCAGCAGUGGGCACUGACAAAGAAUUAAGUGAUCUUCUGGAUUUCAGCAUGCUGUUCCCUUUGCCUGUGAAUAAUGGAAAGAGCAGACCAACAACACUUGCCAGCACUCAGUUUGGUGGAUCAGGUAUGGAUGAAAGAUCAGGAGCCUGGGGAACUGGAGAUCACAAUGGAUCCUCUUUUGAUCAAGGAAGAGGUUAUGGUGAUUCCACCCAUUAUGGUGAACCCAGAGAUCUUCCACCUCACGAAGGCAGUUUGUCAUCUACUCCUUUCCUAACAACUGGACUUGUAGGGAAGAAUGAGCGACCAUCUUACUCAGCAUUUGGAAGAGUAAAUAAUUCCAGUGCUCUCUCACCCACCACUGGAAAAGGAAGCUCACAAUUUUACUCUUACACAAACAAUUCACGGCGGCGUCCAGGAGAUGGUGAUCUUGAUACGCAGCCUAAAAAAGUACGUAAAUUACCCCGAGGGCUCCCUACAUCUGUUUACCCAGCCAACUCAGGUGAAGAAUAUAGUGGAGACCGUGGAAGUUAUACCUCUAAACCACCUAAUUCUCUUUACCCUGGGGGAUUCUACAUGGGCGAUGGACUUCAUAAUUCCUCGGAUAUCUGGGCCUCUUCGGGUGGUAUUGGACAAGGCAGUUAUGGCUCUAUUCUCAGCAGCUCUCAGGCUUCUCUUUCCCAGCCCUCAGGUUUCACUGGCCUACAUGCCCACGAACGGAUAGGAUUUCCAGUGCAUUCUAGUGAGGUGAACCCUGCUGUGUCAAGUUUCUCUUCUGGUGCACAGUAUGGCGUUUCUACACAUACCCCCCCCAUUAGUAGCGGAGACACCAUGAUAGGAAACAGAGGGAAUACCACUGGCAGCUCAGGAGAUGCACUUGGAAAAGCUUUAGCUUCUAUUUAUUCUCCCGAUCAUUCCAGCACAAACUUUUCCUCUAGCCCUUCAACACCUGUGGGGUCACCUCAGGGAAUGACAGGAACAGGGCAGUGGCCUAGAGCAAAUGUGCCAGGAGCCCUGAGCCCCAGUUACGAGGGCACACUACACACAUUGAACAAGAUGGAGGACCGCCUUGAUGAGGCCAUCCAUGUUUUAAGAAGUCAUGCGGUGGGACAGACUGGUUCUCUCCCAGGGGGCCAUGAAGAUAUGCAUGCACUCUUAGCAGCAGGAGCAGGGGUGCUCGGAGCCAACUUUUCGAGUGCAGUGCUUUCACUGGCAAAUCGACACUCCAUGGCUUCAAGCCAAGCAGAAGAUGGGAUAUCAAAUGCACCCAGUAUGCUUCAUAACUCAAUCACGCUACCCAUACAGCAAGGAUCUCUGCCUGAUCUUACCAGACAAACCGAUUCCUAUACCGGACUUUCAGCAGUAGCCAGGGCUGUUGUGUCAUCUGCAAUAUCAGACAUUAAAAGGGAAAGUAAAGAAGAUGAAGAGAAUCGUUCAGUGGAUGAUUUGUCAGACGAUGAGAAGAAGGAUUCUAAAUCGCAGAGGAGCCGGACACGCUGCUCAGUGAACAGUCAAGAUGAAGAUGAUGAGGAAGAUGAUAACCUUCCUCCAGAACAAAAAGCUGAGCGAGAAAAGGAAAGGCGAGUGGCCAACAAUGCCAGGGAACGGCUUCGAGUCAGAGAUAUCAACGAAGCAUUUAAAGAGCUGGGGCGGAUGUGCCAGCUGCACCUAAACAGUGAGAAGCCACAGACCAAGCUCCUGAUUCUGCACCAGGCCGUCUCUGUGAUCCUGAGCCUGGAGCAGCAAGUGAGAGAACGGAACCUAAAUCCAAAGGCAGCCUGUCUGAAAAGGCGUGAAGAGGAAAAGGUAUCGGGUGUGGACCCACAAAUUGGCCUUGCUGGGGGACUUCCAGGUCUUGGGGACUCACAUAAUUCAGUGGGACACAUGUGAAGUUCGUUGUGCUUUACGGAAAUUGUUCAGUUUUUCUCCUUUUUAUAUAUACUUAUAAAUUCAAGAUGUGUUUUACAUUUUUAUUGUUUGGACAAAUUUUAAAAACAUGGAUGUUUUUGUGGCCUUGAUUACAAUUUCCUGAUAAGUGGACAUACAAAAUUUCCAGUGCAGGACAAAAUAAAAUAUAAAGACGAAAAAAUAAUCAGAUUGACAUCUCAUCUUUGGAUUGCUGCUUAAGGAACAAGAAGAGAAGUCAAGAGCAACUUGCCUUAACAAAAAGAAAAACACAUGAACUUAUUUAAUCUUGGUGGAAAUUGUAGAAUGUCAUCCAGAUGCUGACGAAUUGUUCAGCUCUGGGGGGUGAAAUGUUUUUUUCAUGUGCCUAUACUAAAAAAAAGUGACUUCUUAUCCUGCUGUGUGUGGGAAACUGAAAUGUAUACAUAAAGAAAAAGUAGUGCAUUCAUGUUCAUGAAGACUUUUUUUUUUCUUUUUUUUA